CUCGGUUAUAAUUGGAACAAGGACGUUAAGCUCCCAAAAAGAAAGAAAGAAUUAACCAGGAAGAAGGGAAUCCCAAUAUUGUGAAACAUUUAACGGCCGCUUCUAACCAGGAAGACACAGUUCUAAAUUUUCAUGAUAGAGCAGUGAUAUUAUUCUCAGCAAUGGAAAAAUCUGUGAUUCUGAUGGUUCUGACAUUGGUUGGGGUUUGUCAAUGUUCCCUCAAUUUUAAGUCGGUUCUACAUAAUGUGUUACCACAAGUAAAAAAAAUUGUGGAAAAGAAUGUAGAUUUGAAAAACGUCAAAUUGUCAGAUCUGCAUAUUCCUGUCAAGGGUAAGGAUCUGGAAGAGCUGAAGCCUGUCAUCAGAAAAAUCCAGAAGGGUUUGCCAGCAGAUCUCCAACAUCUUGACUCCAAUCUUCAAGAUAGUGUCUCUGAUCUCCAGGGUAGUACAAAAGAAAUAAGAAAGCAGUUACAGACAGUUCUCAAAGGUCUGGAGGGAGAAGUGUUGAAGAAUCUGAAAUUGAAGGGACUGGGAGGAUGUGUUUGUUCCAGUCAUGCAUGUUCCUGUUGUGAACAUCUGAAAAUAGAUGAAUUCAAGCUUGAUAGCACAGUUUGUGUGGGUGUUGCCUAUCUUCCAAAAGACAUUGGUGUUGAUUUCACUCUGACAGUCGAUGGAAAGACAUUUAUCAACGAGACAAUCUCAGCGGCAAACCCACCUCCAGUCUGUGUUGGUAUUCCUACUCUAGCGAAAUAUGCCAGUGUUUGCAUUAGGUUCACUGACCUCCAUGUUGACAGAGACAACAAAAAGUUCUCUGGCUGUUUAUCAUUUGAAGCAAAACUGGAGUCUGUCAAAGUAGUUGAUGAAGAAAUUGGAUGUUUCAACAUGCCAAUACCAGCAGCUGACUACAGCACCCAGUUGGAGGGCAACACCACCAAGAAUAGCACUCAGGUUAGCAAAGAAGAUAAACUGAAGAUGUUGUCUCGUCUUGGUCUGAUGGGGAAAACCUACAGCAAAGGACGUCUUAUCAACAACAACUUGCUUCAUAAUUGAACUGUACAAAAUUUUAUGGUACGAGUUAAAGACUUGGUGUAAAAUCAGAUAUUUUCAUCGGGCUCAGUUUUCACGGUAAAAUGUACAUGUAACUAUUUUGUGGACUCUAAAAUCAGAUAUUUUCCUGGGGUUCAAUUUUCGUAAUUUAAAAAAUCACUAUCUCAUAGACGCUUGCUUUCAUCAUAGAUGUAGCUCAAUAAAUUUACUUUAAAAAGUUCGUGGACGUAUGAAAAUAUUGAUUAAGAGUACCCACAAAAUCGACAAAAAUAAACCCCCAUGAAAAUUUAUGAUUUUAUGGUAAAUCAUCAACUUACAGUGCCCAUCUUUAACUUACCGGUAAGCCCAUGUACUUAAAAAGGGAUUUCAAUAAAAUCACUCUGGCAGCCAUCUUAAAAAUGUUUUGGAAACAUACACUACAGAUCUGUUGAAAUGAUCAGGAUAAGUGUGAAGUUUCUACAUGGUCAUCUGUUACCAGUCAGUGAUAUAAUUGGCAUGUUGUCUAAUACAGAUGACUGUGUAGUCUUCUGUAUCAGACAAAUAGCUAAUGUUAAGAGUACUAGCACUUAUGUACAAAUACUAAAGAACAAAGUCCUGGCUAUGUUUGAAGACUAUAAAACACACUUUAAGUAAAGAUGAAAGUUCUAUAAAAUUUUAGGUCUCUGGGGAAAAAAGACACACAUACCAAGACCUCCGCUUCCUACUGCACCACCCCUUACACCAGAAUUUGGGUCUUGCCAACUUACUGACAGAUAUGAAACAAUUGUCACAGAAGAACAGGACAAGAAGCUAAAACAAAAUCACUUCGUAGCACCAUGAAAACAUGUGGAUACCCUGAUUGGGCAAUCCAGAGAUUUAGGAAAGCAGAGAAACUAAGAGACAAGAAUACUAACGAAAAGAACAGAAAUGACCAGACCUAAGUGAAAACAUUCUCAAUCCCAGAUUAAUAAAUAGGUUAGAGAUCGUUUUACACAGCAGAUCACAAUAGGGAUGGGGGAGGUGCUGAAAUAAGAUAACCACAAAAAUAUAUCAGGUGUAUAUAUUUAGAACAUUUGGAUUAUUUCUAUAGUAGCAGGAUCUUAAAAAUCUAUUUUGAAUUUUAACUCCAUCAGGACUAAGUGUUAGUAUUUUUCUUGUCACUUUGAUAUUUGAGAUGGUUGUACCGUAUUAGCCAUUACUUGUACUGAAUCCAUGAUUCCCAUUAUGAAUAAUAGUACAAAACCGUACAAAUUGGUGAAAUGUAAGACUUGUACUCCUGGAUUUCAAGCACUUUCUAUAUAAAUACAUUGCUAGAAUCACACUGUACCCAAAGUUAUGAUGUAGAAUGUGACUAAAACAUCCACUUAAUUUGUAUUUCCUCACAUUCAGACUGUAAACUGUUUCCUUGACAACUAAAAUCCACCUCCAGUAGUAUUUCUGUAUCGCUGUAACAGAUUCCUGAUAGAUUUGUUUCCCCACUGUAACUUCUGAGGUCCUUUGGCCUCGUUUUCUAUGUUUUCAUCACACUGAGGAAAAUCAAUAUGACCUUUGAUAUUAACAGUUGUAUAUAUGUGUUACUAAUAUUUAAGCUUUGAUCUGACUUAUGUGUUAACUUCGUGACUAUGAAAUAUGAACUUGUACAUAUUGAAUAUGUAAUCUAUCAUUGGUUGACAUUUAACAUUUGGUAUCUUCGAUGACCUGUAUUUUGACCUUUGUUAUAAUGCUUAAUCUUUUCUUAGAGGUCCUUGUGGUCUAGUGGUAGUGGUAGUCACUAAUGUGACUUCUGGCAUGAAUAAUACAUUCUAUUUUUAGGUUGCCUAUUCUGAAAAUAAGAUGAAUAGUGUUGUCAUCAUGACAUCAGCAGCACCCUACCUUAUAAGAUUUUGAAAAAAGAGUCUUGUGUUUAAAGUUUUAAAGCAAGUUUUUAUUAAUAGGCACUGGAAUAAGGAUAUUUUGCUAAUCAUCGAAUAUAUCUUAAACAAAGGUGGGGUCAACAUCCGCCCCACAUAUGAUAAUCAUGAACAGAUAUGGGUAUCAGGAGCUUAAAUACAAAAAAGUUAGUCUCAGAAUUGAUUUCUUAUAAAAUGGGAGCUCCUUGACUAACACCUUGUUGGGUGUUAAAUUAGUUGUCGUGUAAUUCCUUCUAGUGCAUUAUUAUGAGGCAAUUCCGAUAAAAUUACAUCAUUAAGGUGUGCACAUUGUACCAACCAACAUUUUGAUACCACAUAUCACACUAUUUCAGGAGAAAUGUUAUUUUAUUUUGAAAAAUGCAGCCAAAAAUCAUAUAAAAAGCCAUUACUUUUUAGAAAAAGUACUGUUUUGAUCACUUCAAUUUCCAUACUUCCAAAACCAGUCAAUUUUUCAUACUUGCUUAAAAAUUGGCCACAGAUGAUAUCUUUCAAAAGGAGAAUUCUUUGAAAAAAUGAAAACUGGUUAUGAGUUUUAGCUCUCCACCGAGUACUAUUUGAAGGGCCUGUCAGUGUUUAGUCCCAGUUCAUCACUUUUUUGGGAUAUAUCUUAUCAACAGACAACUGUCCAAAUUUGUAUGCAGGUUCCUCCACGGAUGACUAAUCCAUGCAUUCUGAAAUUAAGUCUUGAUAUUGUGACUUGAGUUAUGGCCCUUUGUUCACUAUCUGUACCUUUGGCCUGGACAAGUCUCUAUAUCCUAUUUAUAUUUUGUAUAGGAGAACUGUUAGGGAUGGCAGGGUGUCCUCAACAAAGUGAAAGCCCAGUAUCUAUCUAAAUAUCCCACAUUAUGUCUCUAGGGUUUUUAUUUAUUAUCAAAGUUUUGCUUCAGUUUUCAGUCUUUUUUUAUUUUACCUUAUUAUCUGAACAUGUGAUAUGAAAAAAAAACUGGUAUUUUUGUGUGCUUUAUUUAUGUAAUAUUUUAUGAAGUUUGGGGUUGUAGAUGUUAAUGGGACCAGAAAAACUUUUGAAUUGUAAAAUUUAAAUACUUAAAAAUACAUUGAAGUAUCUGUUAUCUGUAUAGUUCUGAAUAUUGUUGUUUUAGUUCAAUAUUGAUCCAAAUUAAUGCUGUUCUAUCACGGGUAUUUGGUUCUAAUUUUAUUACAUUGUGUUGUCUCUAUUCAGUUAUUGUCUUAUAGUCUAAAUUCUGUCAUCAGUAUAUCUCCAAGUCUAUUUUGUUCACUCUGGUGUCAGUAUCAAUUGUCACUAAUCAGUUAUUGUGUGAGGUGAAGCUGGAUGCUCAUUGGUCCAAGGAUUUCACUAUUGACCAACCAGAAGCAGAGCUUUGUACCUAAAGGGUUGUUGAAUAUAUACUGUAUCAUACUGUAAAUUACUUAGAUUUCCAAAAAACUUUUGUCUUCAGACAUAUUCACAAAUACACAAUUCCAUUAAGGGUGAGCUAGAAAUUAAUUUAAUAAUUGAUAAGCUAUUGGAGACCUAGACUUUUCAAGACUUUGAUAUUAGUAACAAAAUCAACAUGGAUGCCACCUAGAGUUACGUUCGUAAAAUUUGAAUUUAUGAUUUAAUCUCCUCAGGUAUUAAAACGAAAACAAGUCGCAUGUGAAAUUUAAAUGAUUUAUAAUACAUGAAUAAAAUCAAGAAGAAAUAUGUGAAAAAUUUUCAGAAAUGAUCCAGAAUUUAAAUCUUUUCCCAUGUCACCUUUAGAAUGAUGUUGAAAAUGAGUGCACAAGAGAACGCUUCCACAAAGGAAAGAUCUAGGAUGUGACAGCUAUCACUUGGUCACAACAAAAUAUGUCAAACAAUGAACGUAAUGUUAAAUCAUUCACCUGAAUCUGACUAGUGAUAGCUCAGUCAGUUAGAACAUUGACCUAUGGAAUCUCACAUGAAGAUGCAAUGUGUAUGAUUUAACAGUUCCUACCCUUGGUACUUUGUGAAGCUGUCUGUGUUGACAUGGUUGUGUCCAUCGACAAGACACUUUACCAGGUUGUCAAUGACUACUACAAAGAGACCCCACCUCAAAAUAAUAUAUAUAGAUAUAUAUAAUAUAUAAAUAUAAUAUAAACUUUAUUUAUUUUACAACAAUUGCGAAACAAGUUAUGUCAACUUAUACUAAUUACUCUUGUCGGCCCGUGACCCCUUACCUUUUCACGUCCAUUCCAGGAAUCAAACCCCGGUCGGCUAGGUGAAAGGCGAGUGUGUUACCACUGCCCUACCCAAACACCUCAAAAUAACCCUGGCUGUUCCCAGGGUGAUAAACCCAGGGAACACAUUUUCUGAAUAGUGACAACUCUUGUGUAAUGGUCACGCUUGCAGUGUAUAUAAUUUGCCAGGAUAUGGGUACAUUUUGAUAAAAGUUGUUGAUUUGUUGAGUUCUCUAUACCUUUAAAUUUGAGCGUGUUUCAGUUUGUUGUAAAAUACAUUCAUUUGCUUGUUUUGCAUUUAAUUAUGAAUUUUGUAUCAAUUUUGUUGUUUAUCAGGUUUUAUUGACAAGGGAAAAUUAUCUUUCUUGAUCUAUCAUAUGAUUACAUUUCAAACUUAAAGCAAAAAAUACACACAAUAAAUUGCAAAAAUGAUAAUUUGAAAUAUGAUUUUUUAAUGAAUUAAAUUACUUACU